AUGUCAAUCCCAAGGCCCGAGGACAGCCCUGUCAGUUAUGGCACCGAAGACCGUGUCCCAUCGUUCAUCCCAGUAUCGUCGUCCAGGCUGGCUCUCAUCUUCGACUGGGCUUCCCUACUCCCACUCGUCAUCUGCCUGGCUAGUGGCCACUUCUCCUACCAGCCGGUCGGCCGCACGGCCUUGGCAGGCCGCAUAGGCACUGGUUUCUUCUCGCCGCUGGGCGCCGCGCUUUCUGACUUCAUGUCCGGGAGUCUUCAUCGACCGAGCGUGUUCAAUUUCUGAGCAACGCCGGACUGUCUGGGACACAAACUGGGACUGCAAAGAUUCAACACCGACGGUACCAGACGCUUUACAUUGUGGACUGCCAAAACCCACCCCAGAGCGCUCCUAUCCCCCGUGCCAUCCCAUUUACACCAGUUUCUGUGCCUAUAGCGUUGGAGAGCCUUAUUCUUCUUAGCAUCUUGGCCCUUGCUUCACUGACGAUCCUAUACGGCCUCUACGGUAUCACCGCAUGCUUAGUUGUAACAUUCUUCUUCCGCUUGUCCCGGGGCCUUGUACGCGUUGCUCGCCCCGGAGGCUAUAGAUUAGGUGGUCGUACCGCCAUACUUGGGGCGAUCCAGCUCCUCAAGAGCGAAAAGGUCACCGCGUGGGUGGACGGCAUCUUGACACCCUCGCCUCACCGGCGGUGUGGUUAG